UCUCUGCAUGCCCAUGGCAUCACUGCACCAGGAUCACUGUAUAAGGAAGGCAUUCUCUCCUUUGUAGCCACAACAUCUCUGCAGCAUAGUCAGCUUAGAGAGAGGCCUCUCUCCUGCAAGCCUACACCUUUUCUGCACUUGGACCAUGGCACAAGGCAGCAUCUCUCCUGUUUAGCCAGUGUCACUGCAGGGGAAUCACAUAAGAGCAAUGCUUCUCUCUGACAUGCUUACAACGGCACCAGUGCAACCUGCCCUGCUCGGAGCAAUGCUUCUUCUUUGCAUGCCUUUCCUGUCAUUCCAUUGCUAAAGCAGGACCCUCUUGGAACAGACAUUCCUCCUGCACAUCUGCAGCCAUCCAGCAGGAUCUGUUCAGAGCAAUAUUUCUCUCUUCCAAUCAACAUAACAGGACUUACUAGGAGGAAUACAUCUCUCUGCUGGGUCACGUGCUGACUGGGAGCUGCGCGCAAAGAAACAAAUCCAGCUUUGAACUGUAGCUUUUUCAGUAGGCUGGAUGGCAUAAACAGCUCUCCUGAUUUUUCCCCUCAGAAACACAAAUAUCAUUCACUCGCGCUCUCUCAGAAACUGGACAGCAUAAGCUUUUAUACAAGCCUCAGCCUAAUAUAACAGGAACCUCUUCUCACAGCAUUUGCUCAAGCACAUGGACACAAGGGAUGGGUUCACUCAAAAAUGGAGGCUCCAGAAGUGAGCUUGUGAAUGUGGAUGGGUUCUCUCAUGAGGCAUCCCCACUAUCAGUAAAGCCUGAUAUGACAGCAUCAGAAGAACAAUGGAUCCAAAGGGAGUCGCCCGCCGCGGCCGAGAGCCCCGAGCGCCCCGCCGAGCCCGAGCCCGAGCCCGAGCCCGAGGCGCUGCAGCCCAUCCAGCCGCUGACUGCCGAGUCCUGGAAGAGCCUCAUCGAGCAGAUCGGGCUCUUGUAUCAGGAAUAUCGAGAUAAAUCUACACGUCAGGAGAUUGAAACCCGGCGGCUGCAGGAUUCCCAGACAGACACUGAGGAGUGUUCAGCCAGUGAGGAAACCCCAUCAGAAGCAGAACCCACGAAUACAGUAGAAAGCAAAGCUGUCCCCCAAAUCAGUUUGCUGAGAAAUUCCACCUCCAGGUUUAACUUGUGGCAGGAUCUUCCAGAAAUCAGGAGUAGUGGUGUCCUGAAUAUCCUCCAGCCAGAUGAGAUCAAACUGCAAGAGUCCAUGUUUGAACUAGUCACUUCUGAAGCCUCAUACUACAAGAGUCUGAAUCUGCUGGUGUCUCACUUCAUGGAGAAUGAACGUCUGAAGAAGAUCUUACACCAAUCUGAGGCUCACAUCCUCUUCUCCAAUGUCCUGGAUGUCAUGGCAGUCAGCGAACGUUUCCUCUUGGACCUUGAGCAACGAGUGGAAGAGAAUAUUGUUAUUUCAGAUGUGUGUGACAUUGUCUACCAGCAUACAGUAAAUCACUUCUCAGUGUAUGUGACCUACGUCUCCAACCAGACCUACCAGGAGAGAGCUUACAAGCAGCUUCUCCAGGACAAGCCAAACUUCCGGGAGGUGAUAUCACAGUUGGAGUUGGAUCCCAAGUGCAAAGGCCUGUCUUUUUCAUCCUUCUUGAUUUUGCCAUUUCAAAGGAUCACUCGACUGAAGCUCCUUGUGCAGAAUAUUCUGAAGAAAGUGGAAGAGAAAUCUGAGAAGGAAGCCACUGCCCUUGAAGCACACAAGGAGCUGGAAACAGUAGUGAAGGCAUGUAAUGAAGGUGUCAGGAAGAUGAGCCGAACGGAGCAGAUGAUUAGCAUCCAGAAGAAACUGGAAUUUAAGAUCAAGUCUGUGCCCAUCAUCUCUCAUUCCCGCUGGCUGUUGAAACAGGGGGAACUGCAACAAAUGAACGGCCCGAAAACAUCACGCACACUUCGCACCAAGAAGCUCUUUCGAGAAAUAUACUUGUUCCUCUUCAAUGACCUGCUGGUAAUUUGCCGGCAGAUCCCUGGUGACAAGUACCAGGUGUUUGACUCAGCACCCCGCGGUCUCCUCCGGGUGGAGGAGCUAGAAGACCAGGGACAGAGCUUGGCCAAUGUCUUCAUCCUGAGGCUGUUGGAGAAUGCAGAUGAUCGGGAGGUUAGCUACAUGCUAAAGGCAUCAUCCCAGAGCGAGAUGAAGCGCUGGAUGAUCUCGCUGGCCCCCAACCGGAGAACCAAGUUUGUUUCAUUCACAUCAAGACUUGUAGAUUGCCCGCAGAUACAGUGUGUCCAUCCCUACGUGGCUCAGCAGCCAGAUGAGCUGUCCCUGGAACUGGCAGACGUCCUCAACAUCCUGGACAAGGCCGAUGAUGGUUGGAUUUUUGGAGAGCGCCUCCAUGACCAGGAAAGGGGCUGGUUCCCCAGCUCCAUGGGGGAGGAAAUCCUGAGCCCCAAAAUCCGAUCGCAGAACCUGAAGGAGUGCUUUCGGGUCCACAAGUCGGACGACAGUCAGCGGAGGAAGCUGGGCAGCAGAAAUCGCCAAUGACCCCUGAUCUCCCUGAGCCCUGGAGCGUCAGGGGUCCCGAUGGCUUCUAGAGAGGAAUAGAGGGCAAAGGCUGCUGGCUGGGAGCAUGAGGUGGCAGUGCUGUUGCACUGGGCCAUGGCAUAGACUUGGUCUUUUGACAUGCAGGUCACCCUCACCCCCCCCCAAAAAUGGACUUUGCUGUAUGUACAGAGUUCCCCCUGUCCACAUUUUUAAAGUGCUGAUCGUUCCUCUGGAGAACAGGAAGAGGAGAGGCCAUUUCUCUUCCUUAAAGCUCAAGGAACUAUUGAAAACAACAUAUUUCUAAUCAUGCUGCAAACCCCAAAGAGUGCAAGCACUCUUAACCCUGUGCAGGGGGGAGAGACUGAGUACAGAACAACUGGAGAGACUGUCGCAGAGCCCAGGAGGGGCAGGGGGCAGCUGCUUUGCAAUAGCUGUGACAUCAGCUAAGGGUACCGUGGGGAGGCUCUGGCAGCCUUUCUAACAUAAGUGGAGAUCAUCUAUAGGGAGGAAGCCAGACUACAGCACCCACAACUCCAGACCCACACCCCAGUGAAAGAGUCCCUUACUAAAACUGGCAUCUGCCCCGUAAAACAGUUCUAUGCACACACGUUGCAGCUGGACCCUUCUAUACCUUUUGUAAAACUGUGGCUAUGAAUGCAAUGGGAAUUGAAGAAAUCAUGCUACCAAGUGCUUCGUGCUUUUCUGGUUCCCAGCACUUUAAAGAUGUUCUCUUGUGAACCUGGAUGAAACUCCAGUGAGUUCAGAUGAAUUAAGAUCUCCAUUUUGUAGAUGGGGACAUGGAAGCAGAGAAGUCGUCUUGCCAGAAGUCACACAGGAAGUCAGCGCCAAACUAGGGACUGGAACUCAGAUGUCUGUUUCCUGACUCCCAGGUUUUGGGCCCACUCCUCUGUCCCAGGUGGGCCUUGGACCCAGUUCCAGGCCAAAGGCUCUAGCCAGCUAUAACCCGAGACCAAUGCUGCUUCACUAGAUUCUGCCUGUGAAAGUCCAUGCCUCCUCUUUCACUCUGGUUCUGUAUGUAACCUGAUGCUUGCACUCCCUCACCCCAUGGGCACCAAGAGCAUGUGAACACCACACGACGGCUUUCUCCCUGAGCACAGAACAGCAAAAGUUGCCCUCCACCUGCCUCCAGAAGUGGGUGGUCAUGUCCAUAAAUAGUCAGGUGGCCAGAGGGCUGUGGGGAAGGGAACAUGAUGGACUUCACCUGAAAUGGGUACAGAAGAUGUGUGAGAUGACAGCAUUUGUCCAUGAGGUUUUCUUGCUGUGGUGCAUAGGACACUCAGUGGACAGGGGGAAAGGAAAUAAAGGGCAGGUGAGGCUGCCCACCAGCUAUCAAACCAAUACACGCAGAUGAUAUCCCAGGACAGCCAGAAGCUUCCAGCCCAGAUUGUCCCCCAGCAUGUUUGUAAAUCAGCAGGGCUUCGUUAAUCCAUCGUCAUUUCCUCUUUGAAAUCCAGUGAAAAUGGACCAUUGUCACCAGUCUCUACAGCGUUUGCAGGCAGCUCUGUAGGAAGAGGAUUGUGCUGCCAAGCGGACGGGCUGUGCUCAGACACCAGGAGGCAGCUUGCACAAAGGCAGCUGGCUGUACCAGACCUGUCCUUAAUGAGGGGGAGUUGAGCAGGGAACUGGGAGGCCUGGUGCUAAAGCUGCAGGAAAGCCCACUGAGCCCUGGCUGCACUGCAUCAGCAAGUCCAGUCAAAGAGCUGUGUGUGCAUGAACUGUCUGUACAGUAUUGACAUACUUGUAUAUAGGGAAGUCCUCGGUAGCCAAACAGACAAGGGAGUAUGAUGCAGCUCAGCACUGCAUGAAGCAGGGCAAGGGAUCAAAAGCUUUGACAGAGUUGAGAAGGAUGAAUGGCUAGAAACAGACCACAAAUAAUCACCUUAGCAACAAAGGGGUGUUUCUGACUGCUCUGCUCUUAACGGGUCCAUGGAGGCCCUUUUCCGAGUGGCCCCAUUAGCUAUGAAAAGGGCAGCUGUUUAUUUGCAUUAAAAUCAGGGAAACACAAUUAUCUGGCAUCUUUCUGUGAUGCUGCAUAGCAGAGUCUUCCAGGUAUCUCGUGCUGCUUCUGAUCUCUGCACUCACCACUGCCAGCCUGGCUUUCCACACUCAGACAAGGGCAGGGCCAGGUUUAUGUGAAAGAUGACUUAAACCAGCAUGUUGUGCACAGCCAGCAGACUCCCCAGGGGUGGUUAGAUUCAGACCCUGUGCUCACUACCUCCGCAGUGCCAGUGUAACUAUAUUGAUGAAAACUUACAGGAAUGCUAGGGUUCAAAUGCAUAAUCAUCUCACUGCUGGGCUUGUCUCUGGGGCACAGCAGGGAGGGGCAAAUUGGAGAGGGCUGGCAGUUCAAGGCCACCUGCAAGCAGACCUUAGGGAGAAUGCAGGUCCACACAUGUCCACGAGGGCAAAAUUAAGCCUCUCAGGAUAUCUUACUGCUGGUAAGGGAGGAAGCUGGAAGGGCCAGAUACCAGGUUGGGAUUGUGAGGCUGGCAGUUGGAAGAAAAACACAUCACCAUUUGACUUGUAAACUGAGCAUAUCUAAUCUGGAGACACUAUAAUAAACCCACUGCCACAAUUGUAUUGUACAGUCACUUUUCUGAGUACAACCAGAUUUUAAACUCAGGGUCCAAAAUGUUUUAGCAGCAGCUGGUUACCAGUAAGCUGUCCACAGUAAAAACAUGGACGGUCUAGCUAUGAGAAGCAGCUGAGAACCUGAGAAAAAUACCAGGUCACAGAUCUUUCCACCAUGCAAAGUGGCCAUGAAUAUUUACCCGUCCUGGCUGAACUCGCCCACUGCAGGGUGGGAAGAUUUGAUGCCAGGGCACGGAGUCGAUUAGAAUUCCCAAGUGCUGAAAUUCUGGCUCUGCCGACGCUGCAGGCCCAGAGCCGGCAGCUCGGUUUUCCACGAUGGUUUUCCACAGCCUCAAAAUCCUGGGAACAAGGGUAAAGUGAAGCUGCUCUGUUGUGAUUUUCAGUUCCCUGAAGAGCCACGUACACGGUUGGUGAUUUUUAGGCCCUAAAUUCGCAUUGCUCUUCAUAAAAUCUCAACUUCUCUCCUCGCACUUGCAGUCCAACACGUAUCAGUUUCAGGUGGUCUAAGGUGUAAGAUGGGCUCAGUGUGUGGAUCAUGAAUGCAGGUUUGAGAUCCCAGUUGUUAUCAGGCUGCCUGAGCAAAAUGGAAAGAACUUCUUCUUGUUGUUUUUCGUGUGAUGAAAAUAUAGCUGACUGAGCCAGCAAGUUCUCAAACCA